AUGACCAAUAUAACGAAGCUGCACGGUUUUGAAACUGCCAAGUCUCUUGCACUGCAUGGGGCAUGUGUUAUCCUGGCCUGCAGAAAUCCAUCGAGAGGCAAUGACGCUGUGCAACGCAUCCUUGGGGAAUGGCAUAAAGCCAAGGUAGAAGCAAUGACCUUAGACCUUGCUUCUCUUCAGAGUGUGCAGGACUUUGCUGAAGCAUUCAAAUCCAAGAAUCUGCGUCUCCACAUGCUGAUCUGCAAUGCUGCCAUGUUUGGUGCUCCCUGGUCCUUGACAGAGGAUGGCCUGGAGACCACCUUCCAGGUGAACCAUCUGGGACAUUUCUAUCUUGUCCAGCUUCUGGAAGAUGUUUUAUGCCGAUCAUCUCCGGCUAGAGUUGUGGUGGUGUCCUCUGAGUCCCACAGAUUUACAGAAAUUAAAGACUCCUCUGGAAAGCUUGAUUUCAGCCUGCUUUCUCCAUCUAAGAAUGAGUAUUGGGCUAUGUUGGCCUACAAUCGCUCCAAGCUUUGCAAUAUACUAUUCUCCAAUGAGCUGAACCGACGCCUUUCUCCCCACGGGGUGACAUCUAAUUCAGUCCAUCCUGGAAAUAUGAUUUACUCCUCCAUUCAUCGUAACUGGUGGGUGUAUACCCUGCUGUAUACCUUGGCUCGACCUUUCACCAAAUCCAUG